AUGGAGCCUAGACAAAACUCAGACAUGGUUCAAGCUGUGAUAGAGGAGAAGAAAGAAGAUACAGGUAGGGACGAAGAAGAACAAGAUCAAACCCCGGAGAAACUUCGUAUCGAUAAUAGUGACGACGAUUUAGACUCAAGCGUGGCGCUUAACGCGUUUAUAAAAACCGCCCACGACGACGAGGUCUGGGAAACAUGCCCGGCCCAGACAUACUAUUAUUUAGAUGAGGUUGUUGUGGCCUCGAGGAAAGAGUUGCGGAGCCGUUGCAAACGUUGCACGGCGUGUAAACUAGUAAAAACAAUUUUAAACAUAGCAUGCCUAUUACAAAUGAGAGUGGUCCGAUCUAUCUUAGAGCCUGAGAGCAAUCUGAUCGGUAAAUUUGAGCCUCUACAUGAUGAGUCGGAUGAAUUAACGAACUUUGCUGACACGUACCAAAGAUCUCCCCAGGAAGUUGUGCCUUCACCUCCAGCAUUAUAUUUAGAUAUUGCAAAAGAAACGCAAUAUGUCGUUGAGGUGAGGUGGACCUGGGUAGCGAAGGCGAUGAAAUACGCCCUCACUGCGGCCAUUAAAAUGAAAAAACAACACAUAAAAGUGACACGGUUAAGCUUGAAACAUCACGUUAACAUUUUGAACCAGUUAGCUAAUUACAUGGGCCACAUAUUUAAGUACCCGUACGUGGAACCGAUAUAUGAAAUUCCGACUGGCUUUUUCUUUUUCAACCAUUCUUUAGAAAUGUCGAUAGAGGAUGUCGUAACGGAAACGAUAGCGACCCAUCACCGUUAUAAAAUUAAUAAGAACCCCAGCGAAAUAGCUCAGUUUAUAAAGGCUUCAAGAGUGCUUGGUGCCUACCUAGAAUCUAGAGCAAGAGGCAGGAAAGCUACCCACUACGCCAUUCGGGUCGGGUACACGAAAAUAAUAUGGCAAAUGUUUAACAGCGCGGCCUCCAGCGGUGUUCGAGGGGAUUCUGGUAAGCGCGCCCAUUGCGCGUACCUCGAGUCCAAGCAACGAUUCAGUUCGCGCGCAGGAGUCUGCCCAACCUCCCACUUUGGA